UACAGCACACUGAUUGGUGCUUAAAACAUCUGAUUAUAUUUCUCGUAUAACUCGUUUCCGUGCACUACAUCAGCUGAUAUUAUUAGUUAUUGUUGGUAUAAAUUAAUGCAGUAGACGCCGCAACAAUGCAACCAGCUGAUUCCAUAUGUGAUGUUUAGGACAGUAGUAAGAGUACAUAUUUAGCUAAACGAUGAACGUGAACCAGUUUUAUUGUUGUAAAUAGUUUAGUUCACACCAACAGAAGUAAGGAUACAAAGACUUGGAAGUUGAAAAUUGUACCUAAAGGGGUUAUAUUGUGUUGAAGUCAAUUUUCUAUGACGGCCAGGAUGGUGAGGUGAGGUGAGAUGCUGCCGAGGUUCAACGCGAGGCGAUGUUUCCUGAGUCUAGUGUUCGUCUCGGCUCUCCUUCUAGCCAUCGUGAACCUCCUCUCCCACCAGGAUGAUCCGGCCAAGCCCAAGAGAGCCAGGAUGUUCGAGUCCAUCAUCCUUGGACCUUUCGAACCUUGGACUAGGACGACUACAGAGGCAGAGGAAGAUGUGACGACGGUCACAACUCCGAGUGCAUCGGUGCCUCUGCCGUGGUACAUGAAGCAGGGACGUAGGAUGCCACAACCUCCGUCCCGAGCACCAUCAGGGCGAAGAGUGGCCCAGCUGUGGCCUGCGGAGGACCGAGGGAAUGACCGGAUAGAAAGUCAACUAAUGUUUGUACCUCCGGACCCGGUACCUCCAGGGAAACUGAAGAAGGUCUUGAUGUUCAACGGAUUAUCAUCCUGGGGUUUGAAGCCAGGACAGGAAGCUUUUGCAGAAUGUCCGGUCAGUUCCUGCACCUUGUCAACUAACAGGGUGGAUGCUGAGGAUGCUGAUGCCAUCUUGUUCAAAGACCACCUUGUGCACCCUGGCAUCCAAAGACCACCAAAACAAGUAUGGAUCCUGUACUUCCUAGAGUGUCCCUAUCACACCGCUCAUGUAAAGUACAACGACCUAGUGAACUGGACGGCCACGUACAGACGGGACAGUGACAUUGUCGCCCCAUAUGAGAAGUGGGUCUACUGGGACCCGCGAGUCACCCAGUACCCAGGACCUCUGCGGGACUUUGCAGCUAACAAGACGGACAAGGUCGCCUGGUUUGUGUCUAACUGUGGUGCUAGAAAUGGACGGCUGCAAUAUGCACAGCAGUUACAAAAAUAUAUACAGGUUGACAUUUACGGAGCCUGUGGAAAGCACAAAUGUCCCCGUUCUUUGGCUGAGAAGUGUUUUGAGCUCUUAGAUAAAAAGUAUAAAUUUUACUUGGCAUUUGAAAAUUCAAAUUGCAAAGAUUACAUUACAGAAAAGUUCUUUGUCAAUGGCCUGGGACGCAACAUUUUGCCGAUUGUGAUGGGAGCGAGGCCAGAAGACUACGCCAAAGUAGCUCCUAAGAACAGUUACAUUCACGUUGAUGACUUUGCAUCACCAAAACAUCUCGCCGAGUUCCUGCACAAGCUAGACAAAGAUGAUGAUCUUUACAACUCCUACUUCCAGUGGAAAGGAACCGGAGAGUUUAUCAAUACGCAUUUCUUCUGUCGCUUGUGCGCGUUGCUACAUGACGACUUUCCCAUUAAGAGUUACCGGGACAUUAACGAGUGGUGGCGUGGGGCUGGUACAUGCACAACGGGUUCCUGGCGUAGCUUAGAUGACUGACGGCACCGCGCUCGGCGACCUUACACCGAGCAAUAGUCACCAAAAACUGUCAAUGCAAGAGAUCCAAGUUUAUAAUGUUUGAAUUAUCAAAAUGUUGGAUCUACAAACCUAUUCAAAGAAUUGUUUUAUAAUUUGUAUUAAUGUAUCCAUGCCAUAUUUCAUUUAUUUAGGAAGCUAGGACUAGGCGGGUUUAGUGGUUAAACCGUGGCAAUCCUGCCAUGGAGGACCAUUUUUUUUAUAAUGACCAAGGGCAUUCCUUAUGUUAUAAUGGCAUGAAACACUUACUUCUUCAGAGUCUAACAUAAGUUAUAGGUUCAUUGAUAAAAUAAAAAAAUAGCUUCUUAGAAGAAAACAACUAUCUCUGUUUUGGAGAUUUCCUUUUCAAGAAUUCCAUGAUUGUACAAAUUUUAAUUUUGAAAAUGUAUUUUAAAAGCACACUAGAAAAAAAACUCACUGUUUUGAAAUAGGAAUGUCCCCGUUCAUAACUAUAACUUCAGUAUAUUAGCCAUGGAAUGAAUGAUUUACUGUUUUCACUGAUACUCUUCCAAAGGUUUGUCAGUUCAUGUGUAUGCUUUAAUCGUAAACAUUUGACACACAUCGCAUUGACAGUUUUGCUCCGCUUAUGCGUUAGUGAUACCAAAAACUUUGAUCUCAUGAACUUUGUUCUGCAUAAGUUCCUGUCGAAAAAGACAACCGGACUUCCAAACUUGAUUCAGGGUAGUCACAAGUUGUAUAAACUUUUCAAACUGUAGUAGCUAAGACUUGUUUUUGUAUAAAUAGUAAUCACAAUUGACACUGGAUAAAUAACUACAGUACCUCUAUUAUAGUCACUAAACCUUAACCUAAACCUAAAUUUGACACCAUCAAUUUGAUUUUUGGGGGUUUUUAUAUGUAACUCGGUGAAUUUUAAUUCUUGAUGUUAUAAAUUAAUCUGCAAUAUUUUGAAAAUUUCAAUAAACCACUACCUGUACCAAUGAAAUUGGUCAUACAAAUAUAAAAAGUCUGUAUUUUUUAACUGGAUUUCUAAACUUUUAUUCCCAUCACCACUAAACCUCCAUUGUGCUGGUCAUCAAAGGACUCGACCAAUAAAUGGCACUGAGCUAUAUGGCCAAUAGGAGAAGGUACUGUAAAGGAGGAAUCAUCAAUGGUUGAUAUGUUGGUUUCUAAAUCCUGGGAUUUUUUAAAUGUUGGUAAAAACUGGACCCAGCGGUUCCUGAUCAUUGGGCUUUAAACAAAUGAUCCUGACUAAUGAAACCGCUGAUCUUAACAAAGCUACACAGGUCAUCACACACCAUUCUACAGUCAUACUUCACUCAUAUUUGGGUUAAAAUAUGCACCUAGGUGGCGUCCCCAUCUCAAUGAUUGAUAAUUGAUAAACAAAGUUGCAUCAAAUGGAUAAAAACUCAGUUAUCCAGGGUCGAAAAUUUAAAUUCCGAUGUUUGGAAAAUAAAUAGAUUGCACAUUCCAAACACUAUAGAGUCAUUUUAGAAAUUUAAUUUUUUAGACACUUUAGCUGUAUACUUUUUCAAAUAGUUCAUUGAGUAGAAAAAGUUUGUAUGUUAAGUGUAAUUUUAUUUGAGUUACGCCUUUAUUGAGGUUCAAUUGAUUUUGUUAUUUCAUCAUCAUAGCAUGUUUUCUUUAACCAAGAAUUCAGUCUUUUAUUUUUUUUUUACAUUUAAGUCAAGUAUAAAAUAUGAUUCUAAUAACUUUACUCAUGAAAUUUUUUUAUCCUAUCAUGGUAGUCUUAAAACUGUCUGACUUUGCCAAUACAAUUUUCUCUUUUAGAGUAAGCUUGCAACAAUUAGCUAAAACCUUGUUUAACUAUUGUUCCUUCUCCAAAAUUAAUUUUAAAAUUACUCUUUGAACUUGAUUGAUUGAAAUUGCACAAAAAUAAUACUGUAAUAGCACAAGUUUCUUUUAUCUUCCACUAGAGUAUCUUGGUAUUAAAAAGAUAUUUUUUCAUUAUUAAAUAUGUUGUGCAAUAUCGUGCUUUAAUAGUUGUUAUAAGAUCAAAGUUAUAGUUUUAGUUAGUUUAUUUUUCAAUAUUAACACUAUAGUAUUAAACUUUGCAAAUAUUUUGCUUUACAAUUAAUCACUUAUAGAUCGGUACUAUCCUGUGUAUUUGUCAGACUCCACUAAGUAACCCAUAUUUUAUUAGUUUGAUCUAUUAUGCACAUUACAUAAUCGUAAAAAAAUAAUCUUUUAUGGUUAGAAAAUACAAAAUAGCAGUAAUUGACCAACUUAGCUGAUUUCUUUGGGAUUAGCUGGUUGUAAAUUCUACUCUACCACACUAUAAUAUUAUCAGCUUUUUUUCACAAUGGUCACAAAUCAUGUAUCAUUUUGCUAGCCACAGCUGAUAAUAAUUUAUUUUGUUCUUUUUGAUUAGCUUUGUGUAGCAUGUGUAAUCUUUGGUUUGAUUAAUAAUAGCAUAUUUCAUCACUGGGGUGUUAAGUGGCCCUUUUCGUCCCGGGUUUACGGAAGCUAAGGUCGGAAAAUGAGCGAAGGUUGACACAAUCUUUUGCCCCUGUGAUGAACUAUAUUUUUGUCAUAUUGCAACAUUAUUCAACAAGCUAUGUGAGGAUACGAAAAUACUUUUCAUGUAAACGUAACCUCUCAAAACAACUUCAAACUUGUUUUCAAUUUUUCAGCAAAUAGGCAGCUGUUUAGUAGGUCUAAGUGGUUAAAUCGUUUAGUCUAUUAUGAUUGUGGGACUGUGUUAGUGUAACGAUAUGACCAACUAUAAUUGUCGAGAAUGCAGCAGUAAGCUACAACCAAUGUACUCAAUUUAAACAUAAUUUUGAUACACACAAUUGCUUACAAUCAACUGACUUUUACAACGGCUGGAAUUUACUUCCAAUGGACUAAAUAGUAUUUUUACUCCCUAAGAGAUACGGUACAAACUUUAGCCCCGCAACGCAUGAAUUAAAAACGGUUGUUUUUACUGCUGUAUGAAAAAAAAAUCACUGUUAACACAUUAAACUAUGAUCAAUUGGUUUUGCUUGAAUGUUUUUUAAUUGUAUUUAAAAUUUUGUCUUUGUAGUAAAGUGCUUUUGAAAAAUAAUGUCCAUGCAUAAUAUGAAAGCAUUGCAAGCUCCUAACUUGUUUGUAUUCUCCUCUAGGUUUUCAAACUUUAAACCCAGAAACUAUGAGUUUGUAAAGCAUCUCUUUUGGUCCUAGGUUUGGUAUAUAAUAUUUUACUAAGGUUGUGAUCCUAAAUGCAAUAAUAGUUUGCACACUAGCAUGACUAUUCACUCGAUCUUUAACUAAUUUAAUUAACUCCAGAAAACCUAUCAAACAUUUGCGUUCAAUGGUAUUCCCCUCACAAUAAAGUAUCAUACACAUAGAGGUAUUUCUCAAGUUUUUACCAUUACUGUAUACAUUUAAAUUCUAAAAAACACCAAAUCGACUUUUAAUAUCACUUUUUUUUAAUUUCUCAUAACAAGGUAAUUUAUCUUACAUUGUUGUAGGCCUACUUGUUAUACAUACAGUAUUUAUAUACAGUAUUUAAAUACUAAUUCAAUAAAGUAAGCAUUUCACAAAAUAGUUUAGUAUCUUGUUAUAUUAUCUACCAUUUUUAUUCCAUGAUGGCAUUUAAAAUAUGGUUACCAAAAAGAAUUAGGUUCAACCUUUGUUCAACCUACAAUGGCUUUAUAAUAAUGUAUUAUUAGUUCUAACAGCACACUUUUAAGCACAAAAAAUAAUUCUGUGGUUGUUAAAAACAUGAUUAAAUGUAAUUUAUGUUAUAAAAUUGUACUUAGCUUAUAAUUUCAAAGUUACCUUAAGUAGUGUAGAAAUAAGUAUGUAUAAGUAUUGAACUAUUUUAAGACUAUUUAAUGAAACAUUUAAAAAUCAAUUUGAUAGUUUUAAUAGCUUAAUUUUGAAAUGAAAUACUGUAUUUUAGUAUUAGUACAAAGACACAAUUUCCGUUCAAAUUUGAUCGCCCAAAUAAAAAUUCAAAAGCUUGAGUCAUAGUCAUAGGGUAGAUGAAGGAUAUUUUUAAGUAUGUAAAUAAAUUAUACAUAGAUGUACAUAUGCAAUAUAGGUUUAACUAUUAAUUAUUUUUAAACUACUAAAUAAUUUUCUGUGAUACGUUAAAUGUGUAGGCUGUCGUAUGGAUGGUUGUUUAUUUCAUAAUUGUUGUAAAAAUGAAGCACUAUUAAAGACUGUUUUU